GACGACGACCACCACCAGCACAAAUGUCAACAACACAAGCGCCCGCCGCGCUGCCCACGAAGGCGGCCGCCGCGCCGCCGUACACCCUGCGCGAGGAGCGCAGCGGCACGCGGCUGCGUAUCGGCGAGUGGGAGAUUGCGAGCUGCAAGCGGCCGAUCCUGAACGGGCGGGAGAUCGAGGCUGCCGAGACGACGCUCGCGGGCCUCCCACUGCCCGAAAUGACGUUUGGCAACAACGCGCUCACGCUCUCGCACGCCUCGGGCGCCACGCUGCACUUUGACGCGCUGGCGAGCUUGCAGGCCGUCGCGGUCGGCGAGGGGUGGGAGGAGCGCGUGGGCGGGGCGGUGCUCGUGUCCAUGGCGGACAAGUGGAGCGGGCACCGCGAAGCCGCGAGCGCGUCGACGGCCCUCUCGGACGUGCCGCUGUCCACGAAACCCGUGCGGCCGCACGACUGGACCUUCUCGACAUGUUAUCCCGGCCACACGUCGGGGCCUAGCGUGGGUGCUUGUCGCGGAACAGAGAGCUCAUGCGUGCCGCAGACGUUUGCCGACUCGGAAACCCACGACAUCCCCAUGCAGCUCCUCGCGCGCCAGGACCCGGUGCUGGACCGGAUCUUGUUCUACGACGACGUCGUGCUCUUCGAGGACGAGCUGCACGACAAUGGCGAGUCGACGAGCCACGUGCGCAUCGUGAGUGCCAAGGUUGCUGCAGCUACACUGCUCGCGCUAACGCGCUCGCCUCUCCAGCGCGUCAUGCCCCACUCGUUCUUCAUCCUAGCCCGCGUGUUCGUCCGCGUCGACCACGUCCUCUUCCGCAUCUUCGACGUGCGCGUGUACCACGCCUUUGGGAGCCGCGAGGUGAUCCGGCAAACGAGCGGCCUGGAGGCAGACUACGAGGACGUGAAGCGGUACCUCGAGAAACCAGACGACCUGUCCCCGCUCACCGACGCAAACUUUGUUUACCAGGCCCUCGGGAAGCUUGCUGCGCGCGCUGGGCGCCCCACGUCGCCGCCCAAGAUCACGGGCAAGCCCUGGCCCGGCGUCGGGGGCAAAGUCGAGGUGCUCCUCCUGCCUGAGGGCGGCGCCGAGUCCUCCGAGGCCGCUAGGGCCGAGCUGGAGAAGCUCAACCUGGGGUGGAAGUAGGCCAGUCGGCCGUUCGCCCUGCGACAGUGCUGCGCGUGUUUUCGAGCCGAUGCGCACAGUGCCGGUGCAGGCGAGGCAGCAGUAGCCUAUCCAUAUGCUCGCACCCACCGCAGCCACCUCGCUUUGCUCGGUGACCGCCCGGUGGCCACCAUACCAUUCACAGAUGCAUAGCUAC